CAAAAGGAGGAUUUAUUUUGUGUUCAUGGCCUGUAAAAAAUGCCACAAAUUUUACGUUUUUAUGGCAUAUAUUUUUUUUAUUAACAUUCCCCCUCCUAAAAACCCUUCCUGAAACCAUGACACCUCUGCACAUCAUGCGACCUCCAGCAUGUGGACAGUCUCUGGCCCUAUGUCUAUACGGCCAUUUUUAAUGCCGAUGCGCACGCAGGGCCUUCCCAGCAACCAACGCUCGGCGCAGGCCCCGGGAAGCCUUCGGCGGCGCUCGUGCCCGCACAUCGCUCUCAUUGUCUGCGAUAGUAAACAGAAGGGGCGCGCACGUCACGCACAGCCUCACAGGAAGCCCGCGUAGUCUCGGGGAGAGAAGGAAAAAAAAAAGGAAAGAGAACCCAAUGACUGACAAGCGCCUCGGCCAAUAGGAACCGAGCAUCCGCCCCUCUACGACCAAUGACGCGGGAGGAGAAAGGCGGGUCUUCCGUACGUCUGACGUCACACGUCCCCCGUACUGGCUGCAAGCCCCACCUUUUGUGUUUCCCGCACCGUCAAUCAAAAUAGGAAAAAAAAACGCGCCUGGUUCUCUCCGUCCGCAGCGCGCCUGUGAUUAUACACUCUAAUCAUGUUACGCGUCUAAUAAAGCGACCGCGGCCUGCGCAGCCCUGCCCGCCCGGGCCUGGUGGCUUUCAUCUUGUGGAUUGUAUUUUUUUUUUUUUUAUAUCCUGCCACAAACACAAUGACCGCUCCUGAACAGCCCGUUAAGAGAGAGGAAAUGGCCGCCAUGGAGGUUGACGGGCAGAGCGAGUAUCUGCAGCACGGCAACAGCAGCGACGAGAGCGACCAAGGCGGCGGCGGUGGUGGCGGCCAGAAAUGGAGACUCAUCAGACCAAGCAACAUUUUUCCAGUCUUCAACAGUCCAAUUUUGACUGAGGAUUUGACAUCGGUGCAAUUGACAGGAGGCCCUAAUAGAUGGGAAGUUUUGACUCCAGCCCAAGCUGCAUUGAAAGAUGAAGCUGGAAAUAUAGUUCAGCUUCCAGGUGGUGCUACAGUAACUUCAAGUGGACAGUAUGUGCUGCCCCUUCAGACUCUUCAGAAUCAGCAUCUCUUUUCGGUAGCGCAAGGAACAGACAAUUCUAAUGGCACGCUUUCUAAUGUGCAGUAUCAAGUCAUACCACAGCUUCAGACCUCUGAUGGCCAGCAGGUCCAGCUUGGCUUUGCCACAUCUGAUAAUGGUGGUUUAGAUCAAGAUUCUGGCCAGAUUCAGAUUAUUCCUGGGAAUUCUAGUCUUUUGUCAUCAAAUCAAAAUAUAUUAACACAAGCUGGUCAACUUCAGCAGAUUCAAGGAGUUACAAUUGGCGGCUCGGCCUAUGGAGGACAAACCCAAGUUGUUGCUAAUGUCCCACUUGGUCUUCCGGGUAACAUCACGUUUGUUCCCAUAAAUAGCGUUGACCUAGAUUCACUGGGUCUGUCUGGUAGCGCAGAAGGCAUGACGGGCAUUACUGCAGAUGGACACUUGAUAAGUGCAGGGCAAGCCAUAGAUAGCUCUGAUACUUCUGAAAGGACUGCAGAGCAAGAGCAUGUUUCUCCUGAAGGCGGUGAAACAAACUCGGAAACAGAUUUGUAUGUGCCAACCUCUUCUUCAUCUCAGCUUCCUGUCACUAUAGACAGCACAGGAAUGCUUCAGGGUGGAAACAGUUUGGCAGACAGUCCAUCUGGGCACAUGCAAACAACCGAUCUUCAGGGAAACUACAUCCAAACGUCAGAUGAGUCACAGAACAUUCAGGUCUCCACGUCACAAUCAUUGGUACAGCAAAUCCAUCUUCAAGAUAGUCAGCAGUCCACCAGUCAAGCCCAGCUUGUACAGAGCAUUGCGCAGCAGGCAAUCCAGGCUGUUCAUGCAGGAGGUCAAGGCAUAUCGUCACAAGCUUUGCAAAACCUUCAAUUGCAGCUGAACCCUGGAACAUUCUUAAUUCAAGCCCAAACAGUGACUCCUUCUGGUCAAAUUGCCUGGCAGACAUUUCAAGUUCAAGGUGUCCAGAAUUUGCAAAACUUGCAGAUUCAGAAUUCGUCUCCUCAACAGAUAACGUUGACACCUGUGCAGACACUCACCCUUGGCCAAGUUUCCGGAGGGGGUGGUUUAAGUACUGGUCAGUUGCCAAACCUGCAAACCGUUACAGUAAACUCUGUGGACGCUGCUGGUAUCCAUUUUCAGCACGGAGAGCAUUCGGACAGCCCUACAGCUAUACGGAUUAAGGAAGAAGAACCAGAUCCAGAGGAGUGGCAACUUACUGGGGAUUCGACAGUCAAUACCAAUGAUUUAACUCAUCUGAGAGUCCAAGUUGUUGAUGAUGAACUUGACCAACCAAAUCAAGAGGGAAAACGACUUCGGAGAGUGGCUUGCACUUGUCCCAACUGUAAAGAUGGAGCUGGAAGGGGUACCAACCUGGGAAAAAAGAAGCAACACAUCUGUCAUAUCCCAGGAUGUGGUAAAGUGUAUGGUAAAACAUCACAUCUAAGGGCUCAUCUGCGUUGGCAUUCUGGGGAACGUCCAUUUGUGUGUACUUGGAUGUUCUGUGGCAAAAGGUUUACACGAAGUGAUGAGCUACAGCGACACAGAAGAACACAUACUGGUGAAAAGAAGUUUGUCUGCCCAGAGUGUUCUAAACGAUUUAUGAGAAGCGAUCACCUUGCCAAACACAUUAAAACCCAUCAGAAUAAGAAAGGCAUUCAUGCCAGCAGUGCUGUAUUGGCAUCCAUAGAAGCUAAGCCAGAUGAUACAUUGAUAACUGCCGAAGGUACAACCCUUAUUCUUGCAAACAUUCAACAGGGGUCUGUAUCCGGCAUAGGAACUGUAAACACGGGCAUCGGCGGUCAAGAUCUCCUCUCCAAUUCAGAGAUUCCCCUUCAGCUUGUCACUGUUUCUGGAAAUGAGGCAAUUGAGUAACUAUCACACAACACCUAUUAAUUGUGGUUAUUUUUAUACAGUAGUGAGGGG